CCAAUCUGAUAGGUAUAACUGGAAGCAGCGUGGUCAAGGACACCGGCUGAACCAGAGCACAUAUCGUGGAAGCAGCAAGCAGAGGAACCUCGUGUCAAAGGCUGACAGAGAAGCUGUGGUGAAGAGAAGAUUGAAGCAGCAAUGGACCAGGCAAGGUCAACGAUAUCCAAAAUUUUUAACGGGGAGCCCCACUCCUACACCCGUUUCAACCUGACCCAGAACAUGGAAGGCGAUAACAGCCAGGUGGAGAUGAAGCUGGCGUCCGACGUGGACGAAGAGGUUGGAGGAAAUGGCGUGGGAGAGCACCUCAAUCACAACUCCACCCGCAAACCUUACGUGGCUCAAAAGCUUGGACGCACACCGAAGAACCUCUGCUUCAUGGCAGCAGCCAUCCUCCUCAUCUUUAUCAUCGGGUACUUGAUUGGCUACCUGGUUCAUCGGAAGAAGGAUGCAGCUCCUAUCUGCUCAGCCUCCAUGGUCCGUGUCAAGGGGCCCAUUCCCCAUGAGACAGGUGCUGCCGCCCUGAUGGACUGGGACGAUGUCAAAAACCUCCUCGCUCAGAAAGUCUCUGCAGACAAAUUUGAAUCUGUCUUCAAUGAGUUGUCCCUUAACGAACACCGGGCUGGUUCUUCGGGUGACGAGUUUCUGGCGAACAAGGUGGUCAAGAAGUUUAAAGAGUACGGCAUGAUGACCUGGACCGAUGAGCACUUUGUUAAGGUUCAGGACCCCCCAGCUACUGGCUCCAACAGAUUUAGUUUCAAGAAUGGGAGCGAUGAGCGCCCAGAGGGAUUCCUGUCCUACAGUGCCAACGGAGUAGUAACGGGUGCUGUCUUGUAUGGAUUUUACGGGCAGGAAAAUGACUUGAAGUUGCUGCGGGACAAGAGCAUUAACCUGACUGGCAGGGUGCUGCUGGUCAGAGCUGGUCGGAUCAGCUUUGCCGAGAAGGUGGCCAAUGCUGCCAAAAUGGGUGCCUCUGCUGUUUUGAUCUACCCAGACCCCGAGGAUUACCCUAUCGGAGACAACACUCCGCUUUUUGGACAUGUCCACAUGGGUUCAGGUGAUCCCUACACCCCAGGCUUCCCCUCCUUCAACCACACCCAGUUUCCACCUGUCCAGUCUUCAGGUCUUCCGAAAAUCUUGGCCCAGACCAUCACAGCAGGCAUGGCCACCAAUAUUCUGAGGCAGCUGGGGGGUCAGAAUGUGCCGGAUGGGUGGGGCGGUCUCAACAAACUGGGAGACUUGAGCGAUGUUAUCACCGUGGAAGUCAGGAACGUCCUCACUGAGAAAAAGAUAAACAACGUCUUUGGGGUCAUCAAAGGCUUUGUGGAUGCAGAUCGAUAUGUUGUUAUUGGCGCCCAGAGGGACGCAUGGGGUCCAGGUUUUGCCACAUCGACAGUUGGCACCAGCGUCCUCGUUGAACUGGCACGUUCCAUCUCAGAUAUGGUGAAGAAUGACGGAUUCAAACCGCGGAGAAGCAUUGUGUUUGCGAGCUGGAGUGCUGGAGAAUAUGGGAGUGUUGGUGCCACCGAGUGGCUGGAGGGUUAUCUUUCCUCUCUGAGCAUGAAAGCAUUCGCCUACAUCGAUCUGGAUGGAGUUGUAACAGGUCAGAAAGGAUUUAAAGUGGCGGCCAGUCCUUUGAUGCACAGCCUGAUCGAGAGCACUCUGACUGAGGUGAAGACCAAGACAGGGACUCUCUCUUCUCAAUAUGCAAGGGGAAACUGGGAAUCAAAUGUGUUGGAGCCUCUGAAGUUGGAUAGUGCUGCCUAUCCUUUCCUUGCCUUUACUGGCAUUCCCUCAGUCUCUUUUGGUUUCACCGCUGGUAACUCAGACUACCAGUUCUUUGGCACAAAGCUGGACACCCGGGACAGACUGAACAUAGCUACGGGCAACCAGGUUCCUCAGCUGGCUAAAACAUCGACCCAGUUCGCAGGUCACAUGGUGCUCAGGCUGGUCCAUGAUCAUCUGCUGCGGAUGGACCUGAUGAAGUACGACAAGAUCAUACGUACUCACGUGGCUCAGAUCAACGGGAAGGUCAAGGCUGUUCAGAGGAUGCAGCCCCAGCUGCUGCCCAAGGCUCUGACAAUGCAGUGGUUGAUGUCGGCCUCCGGCUCCUACAGCCGUGCCUCUCGCCAGCUGGCGUCAGACAUCCAGAACAGUGACCUGGAGGACAUUGAGAUGUGCCGUGUCAUCAAUGACCGCAUAAUGACGGUGGAAAGGAACUUCCUGUCCCCCUACGUGUCUCCCAGAGAGAGUCCUUUCCGCCACAUCCUGCUGGGCUCCGGACCUCCCACUCUCAAGGCCCUGUCCAACCACCUUGAAGCUCUCAGGACCGACCACCCUGACGCAGACGCCGACCUGUUCCGUAACCAGUUUGCCCUGGCGACCUGGACCAUUCAGGGCUGUGCCAACUCGCUGGCAGGGGACAUCUGGGCUAUGGAUAAUGCAAUCUAAGAAAAAGUAGUUUCCCCCCAGUCUCCUCUGUUAAUAAUUUGACCCUCUUAUUACAACUGACAGUCGGCUGUGAUCAUUAACAGUCACAGAUGCACAGCUUUUUAAAUUUAAGAUGAGGAAAUGAUCAAAGUGGAGCCAUUACUAAAUGAGAAUCACCUCUGUUCCAUAAUUUCAACGCUCGAGUGAUGAGCUCAUUUUAUUUCCAUGAAGCCAAACAUUAAUGAUAAAGAUGUACUUAAGCCUUACGCCUUAACAAAAAAGUUUAGUGGGUCAUUUUCUUUUCUUUUCUUCACUUUAGAAAAAAAAAUACUUCAAUAAUUGCCGCAUUCUGAAUACUUUGGUGCUAAUAACGUCUACCUUCACAUCACCACGUCAUGUGGCAGCACUUCUUGAAUUGGUGUUACCCAACGAAUGAGUUGAAUGUAGUGACAUUGAGGCUUUUUCAGCACAGUAUCAGGUCAUUAAUACAGGAGAGGCUGUAUUCUCCAGCUCAGAGAUGAAUGAAAUUCAAAAGGCCAAUAAGACAUUAUAAGCUAACAUCCACCUGUUUACCAUAAUUAAUACAAAUCUAAACUGCUGGUAUUAAACCCACUGGUGCUGCCUAAUCCUUGUGUUCACAUCUGAGCUGGUUUCUGUUGGUAGCUCUAAUUUCAUACUGUGCCGAAAUCUACUACUUGACUCACCAUCAGAGAUUCACAAGUUGCUGAAAAGGACCGCAGAUUAAUUAACAAUAACACAGCAGCAGUGUUUUUCACAGAACACAACUAGGAGUAGAUUUUGGACAAUCAGCUGAUGUUACUUGGCACCGUUACACCUGUGCUGCAUUUAUCUUUUAAAAGAGUUCUUCACCUUCAAAAUGAGCUUUUGUGUAUCAGUUACUCACCAUGUCACCUUGAGUUCGCGAAGAAAACUUUGAUUUUCUUGAUUGCCUCCACAGUGAACAAAGAAUCCAAAAAGGCGAAUAUUCUUCAUGAAUUAAAGUUAAAAGGGGUGGCGUGUAACAACAGCAAAAUUUUAUCAAUACAUCUGUUUACAAACAACUCGUGUAGUAUAAUCCAAGUCUCAUUAAUCCAGUCAUAUGCUCAGUACUUCCCAAACACAUGCACUUUUGUUAAAACUAAGGCUGUCGAAAUACUGGUCCAUGGUGCCCUUUGACCUGGUGUGCCACAGUGGCUUUUUCCUGUGACAGAAGCAGACGAGGAGAUGCUGCUUGGACCCAUGAAUGGAACAUUUACAUUAAAAAAAAAAAAAAAAAAUGCCCAAAUGGAACAGUUGAUAGGAGCACUGUUCUCUGCAGUUUCUGGAGUAAGGAAUAUCGUACCACCCGAGCACUUAAAGUCUGAAAUAUCACCUCAACACAAAGCAUUUAGCAGUGAACCAGGAGGUCCGAGCUAGCACAGCUUAUGAUGAUAGCGCUAGCAGCCAGCCUCGUCAAGCCACACUCAGCCAGGCGUUCAGACACAAGCUGAGUGUGACUGCCUGUGACCGACUAACUCACUCCGUUGCAAAAUGGACUGCAGGCCUGUUUCUGUGUUAGAGGACAAUCACAAAGUCUGAUACGAUUUUGAUCUGCGAUCGAUUUGAGAUGAAUAUCUUCAUUGUCUGCCUGGUGCUAUGCAGUUAGCACUGUUUGAAUGUUUAGGAAGAUGUGCUAAAGGCAGGGUACACCCUGGACAGGUCACCAGACCAGGGACCAUCUUACUUUGAGGGGACAAUGCUAACCAUCCAUGCUACUCAUCCAUACGUGAGACUGUUGGUACUGACGUAUUGGGAAUUGUAAGGUCCUAGCAGAAAUGCGUGUUUUUGUGAAGUGCUGAGAAUACGACUGGAUAAAUGAGACUUGGAUUCUACCGCACCAGCUGUGUGAGUUUGUAAACAGCUCUUUUAAUAUAGUUUUGCUGUUGUUGAACGCUGUCCCCGUUUAGUUCAAUUCAUGAGGCAUGUUCGCCUUUUUUUGGAUUCUUCGUUCACAGUGAAGGCAUGUGAGAAAUUCAAAGUUUUCUUCAUGAAUUCAACCUAACGUGGUGAGUAACUGAUAGUCAUUUUUUGUGAGUGAAGUGUUGAUCUAAAAGUCCUAACUUCAUGCAGCAAUUUAAAAAAAGAAAUCUGAAUUUGAUAAUUACCUCAAUCGGCCGCCUCCUGACAUUAAUUUUCUGUAGGCCUUUCAAAAAAUGGGGAGAAGGUCUCCAACCAUGUGGCACUGAAACAAACCGUACGUCGUAUUUAUUGUGUUAUUUAUUUAUCAGUGGCAGGGUUCACUAUAAAUAGUUUUUUUAUUGCCUUUUAUAAGAAAAAAAUAAUAAUAGUGUAUAAUUAUCGGGAGCAGUGCCUUCCAUAAUUAUGACAGUUAUACUGUCGAAAUGACAAAAGCAGCAUCUGCUAACAGAAGCGUACGUGUCGACCGACGGCCGGUACUGAGCACUGAACGAUCACCGCACAACUCUGAGGUAAUUUUUUUAAUAACUGACACUGGAUUGGUCUUUAAGACAAGAUCAGCUCACAUAUCACACCUUGGAAAGUAUUACCGAACACCUCUGAGUGUCAGUAGCGGUCCCUUGGUACACGUACGCCUCUUGUCCUGACAGCAUUAUCGGGAGCAGUGUCUUCCAUAAUGUGAAGAAAAAGAAGAAGGUAGUUUUUGCCUACCAGUGUGCGUUCGUAUCGGAGGCAGUGCCCUCCAUAUUUCACUGUAGGAGUGGAUGUUUUUAUUAUCGGGAACAGUGUUUCCCAUAAUGUCUGUAUAUACGGUACAUUGCUACAUGUUCUCCACAUCUUUAGAUCACUUUCCAUGCUUGUGUAGUUUCCUGCGAGGAAAAGUUUUAACAUCAGCUCUUAUGAAAGCAUCUCCCGUCCGUCUCAUUAGCGAGGUGAAGAGGCCGUCUUUGCUUUGUCUGGGUUUCCUUUGUGAGCUCAUUUUAAUCACACGCUGAUUAUGUGUUGUCUUUUCUUUGGGCUUCAUGAUUUGGAGGGUCUUUGCUUUAAAGAAAGAAAAUGUUAGACAUGUUGGGACCACUGGUUACAGUGGUGUGGUCCAUACUUCCAGAGAUCACCACUCUGAAAAUUCGUGUUUUGAAAGUUGUUCCUGCUGUUUUGAUGUGUUUAUUCAUUCAGAGAUUUUUCCUUGUGCCUUUUUGUUUCACGACUGCAUUUUAGAGCUGAGUUUCUACAGUACAGUACUACAGAAGUUUUGGAGGAUGUGUAUUUGGCUUGUUUUGUUUAGUUUUGACAUUUCUGUAUUUUUUCCCCCCUGUUGCUGGCUAGAAUCAAGUUACUGGUUUAAAGGCCUGUUAUGCUAUAGCAGCUUUAGAUAAAGUAUGAGAAUUUGUGAAAUAGAAAGUAAAAAUCAAUGUAAAUGGGAUUUAAAAAUUACAUAUUUAAUGUUACAGUCCUUUAGCUAAUCUGCUAAAUCUGGUCACUCAUAUUUAGUUUUUUGUUUUAUUGUAUGAAAACCACCAUGUCUCAGCAGAAAACCCUGAAUCAGUAACAAUUUUAAAAUGAUGUGUUAACCAUUCCUACAUUCAUGGUUUGAGUGAUUUCUGGGAUUGCUGGGAUAUAAUGAGAUAUGUUCUACAUGCACACAUAAGAGUUGAUCUACAGUAUUGGUUCAUGUUUGACAAUGACAACAUGGAUAAAGAUAUUUGGAAAUUGUUAAAAUAACAAUACAUUUUUUUUUUCUUUAUACAGAUUUGCUUAGCUUCACUUUUUUGUUGCUGCAAUAAACGAUCACAUCACAA